CAUUUUCAAAUUAUGAUUACUUCUCCUUGUCAUUAUCAUUCACCUCAUUAGACAAAAAGUGAAAAUAAUUGUUUUUGCUAACAUACAAUGGGGGUCCCUGGUUCGCCAGUUUCCCUAGUGCUGUGGUGACCCGCAGGGUCAUGCUGAUGGAACAGGACACUCAGUGGCUGUACCACCUCCUGGCCGAGGUCCAGUUGGAGAGGUUUUACCCGCGUGUCCGGGACAGCCUCAACAUCACCCGCGUAGAGCAUUUCACCUACGUCAAGGAGUCUGACCUCGAACAGAUUGGCAUCAGCAAACCAGGACAGAGAAGAUUAUGGGAGGCUUUAAAAAACUACAAGAUCAGCGUGAGGCCCAAAUCGUGGAUGGCCAAGGCGUUCAGGGGGUGUGGUCCGGAGGGAGGUGACCAAUGGGGCAGUGUGGGGUCGGGCCAGGAGAAAGGGGGGCGGGCCCUCACCUGUCUGAUCCAGGACGAUGAGCUGACUCUGGGGGAGAAGCUGGGAACGGGCUCCUUCGGCGUGGUGAAGAGAGGAGAGUGGCAGACCCCCACUGGGAGAGUGCUGCCGGUGGCAGUGAAGUCUCUGAAAAGUAGUCUUUCCAGACAGACAGACACCAUGACAGACUUUCUCCAGGAGGUGACCACCAUGCAGUCUCUAGACCACCCCAACAUCAUCCGCCUCUACGGAGUGGUGCUCACACAGCCCCUCAAGAUGGUGACAGAGUUGGCCUGUCUGGGGUCCCUGUAUGACAUGCUGCGCUCUCGCCAGCACGAGUACCCCCUGGCACGUCUCUGGCUCUUCGCCACCCAGAUAGCAGCCGGUAUGGAGUACCUGGAGGGUCGCAGGUUCAUCCAUAGGGACCUGGCUGCCCGGAACAUUCUGUUGGCCUCCAGGGAGAUGGUGAAGAUUGGGGACUUUGGUCUGAUGAGGGGCCUGAGCCAGGAGACAGACCAGUACGUGAUGACGGCCCACAGACGCAUCCCCUUCGCCUGGUGUGCCCCAGAGAGUCUGCGUGUGGGCUCUUUCACCCACUCAUCUGACGUGUGGAUGUUUGGGGUCAUUCUCUGGGAGAUGUUCACCUACUGUGAGGAGCCUUGGCGAGGGCUAUCUGGCAGACAGAUCCUCUGGCGUGUGGAGCUGGAGGGACAGCGUAUGGAGAGACCCCCUGACUGUCCUCAGGAACUCUACUCUGUGAUGAGAAAGUGUUGGGCCUGCACCCCCUCCAACCGACCCACCUUCUCCCAGCUCACCACCCUGGUCGCAGAGGCUCAGCCUUUGGAGGUGUGUGCUGUAAGGGACUUUGUGGAACCUAGAAAACUCACCCUCCUGUCCAACGACCUAUUGACCAUCAUAGACCAUAGUCUGGAGCUGUGUGAGUGGAAGGGCCAGAACCAAAGGACCUUGAUAGUGGGCUGGUUCCCCCCGAGCCUGGCUGCACCCUCCCUCUCCGCCCCCAGCAGCGCCCCUGCUCUUCCCACCACAGCCCCCGUCGCUGCAUCAAGCCUCAUCUCGCCCCCCCUGAAGGGCAGUCUGCAGCACACGGGGCAGAGUGAGACCCACCCCGACCGUAACUGGGGCACGCCGGAACGCCUCGACGAGAGAGUAAACUGGAGAAGAAGCCCAGCAAAUAGAGAGAGAGAGGGCGGCUCCAAUUUACAGAAAAUGUCAGGUAUGACCAGGAGUCUGGAGUCUGUCCUGAGUGGUCCCCAGAGCAGGACCUUAGGAGGGGUCAAAGUGGACCCCCGUCGUGGACCCCUCGCCAACGCCAUGGUUGCCCGCAGCGUUGUGGUGCAGCAGGAUCCCCAUCGGUUCAGCGAGGCCAGCAUAAACCCCCCACCUCGACCGCUCCCGCCCAACCUCAAAUGCAUCAAGAUUCCCCAGGUGGCCUUGAUCCGAGAUCGGAGGCCUGUAAAUCCAUCCCCAGGUUCCUUGUGGCCUCCACAACCUCAAAAGCAUCCACAGCAGCAGAUGCUACAGCCACCCCAGCCCCAGCUGCAGCAGACCAUGGGGGGCAGUGACCUGUGCAAGAUGGCCCACAUGGCAUGGUCCAAACCAGCACUGGAUGACUAUGGGAACAAGGAGAGGGAUGGUGAAAAGGAGUGGGUGGUGAGGGAACGAGAGAGGGAGAGGUACCCGCCUCAAGUACAACACACCAGGGAAGGCUUCAUAGCACAGGUCAUGGAAGCAGUGCAUGGAGUGACCAAUGAGGAGGUUCGGAACGCACUUCACUGCAAUGAAUGGAACCCUAUAAGGGCCCAGCAACAACUCAAGAUGGAGCAGCUGCACUCUCUGAGCCUGUGUUCUCGUGACGACUGCCUAAGGAUCCUGUCCCGCUAUCAGUGGGAUCUACAGCUGGCCAGCCGCUACCUGUUCAGAAUGGUACGGGAGGAGAGGACUGGAGGAGGAGGAGAAAGGGAGAGGAGGGACGGAGAGAGAGAGGCACCCCCUGCUGCCAUGGAGAGACGGGGAGUAUGAGAGGUGCGGGGAUGGAGCGAUACUGGAAACAGAGGACAAUAAAG